CUUUCAAUUUCCAUCUCUUAAUGGCAGCCGCCUCUUCCUUUGCUCCGCUUUUGUCUCUCAACGCCGUCUCUUCCUCUUCUUCUUCUUCUUCUUCUUCUUCUUCGUUUCUAUUUCCUCUGAGCUCUCUGAAGCCCCGGAGACACGGUUUGGUUGUGAGGAAUCAGCGCUUGAUGGUUAGCUGCUCGUCUUCUGAUUCUGAUUCCGGCUCCGACUCGCUCAAUGGAAAUGGAAGACAUACCCAAAUGUCGUCUAUGGCUCCCUUUGAGGUGACAAUGAAUGAAGCUGGGUUGUCCAGACCACCUUAUAAAUGGAGAAGGGUCUUGCUUAAAGUAAGUGGGGAAGCACUUGCUGGAGAUCACACACAGAAUAUUGACCCGAAGGUAACGAUGGAAAUUGCAAGGGAGGUUGCAUCUGUGACUCGCCUCGGCAUUGAGGUUGCCAUUGUUGUUGGUGGGGGAAAUAUAUUCCGUGGAGCUUCCUGGACUGGAAGUAGUGGUCUUGACCGUUCAUCCGCUGAUUACAUUGGGAUGUUGGCUACUGUAAUGAAUUCAAUAUUUCUUCAAGCCACAAUGGAGAGUAUUGGUAUCCCUACUCGAGUGCAGACUGCAUUUCGGAUGUCUGAGGUUGCAGAACCUUAUAUACGUCGAAGGGCUGUGAGGCAUCUGGAAAAGGGCAGGGUAGUGAUUUUUGCAGCAGGAACUGGAAAUCCAUUCUUUACAACAGAUACUGCUGCAGCACUACGUGGUGCUGAAAUCAAUGCAGAGGUGGUGCUGAAAGCUACAAAUGUUGAUGGAGUUUACGAUGAGGAUCCUAGGUGUAACCCCAAUGCCCGUCUUCUUGAUACUCUUACAUAUCAGGAGGUGACAUCAAAAGAUCUUUCAGUGAUGGACAUGACUGCCAUUACUUUAUGUCAGGAGAACAAAAUUCCUGUUGUUGUGUUUAAUCUAAGCAAACCGGGUAAUAUCUCAAAAGCCAUAAAGGGGGAGAAGGUCGGCACUUUAAUAGGGGCAGCAUGGAAUUCUACAGUGGCACCACGAACAUGAACUAGAUCAAUUCUGGACGCUGAUGUAUAUUGAGGUGGUUUGUCACUGAAGCUCAAAACUUUUGAGAGUCCAAUCUUGGCAUUGUUGGGAGAACUGUACGAUCUCAAAGGUACUAGUAUUCAACUAUUCAUAGUGUAAGGUGUCAAUAAUUUUCUAUCUAAGAUAAGCAACUUGCAAUUUUGUAGUAAUUUUAGUAUUGCCGGUCCAAACUCUUUUUGUUCUCAAGUGAUUAUAUGAUACA